AUGUUAUCAAAUGUAUCUAUGUUUAAAAUGACUUACAAAAGAUUGGCCAUUAGGGGAAAUAUGCAUUAUCAAGAGGUUGAAAUGACUAUUCAGCAAGGAAUAAUCAAGUGGCCGAUAGUGGUUCGGUUGGUCCUUAUUUUCACCAUAACUACAGUCUCUGCAUUUCAAACUCACACUGUCAAAACAAGUAUUGGUAUUAUAAACGGAUUUGUUGAAGAUGUAUCUUUAUCUGAGAAAACAGACUUUUUGUUACCUGAUGGCCCAUCUGGAACAACGGUUAAACUUCGUAAAUACUUCGGCAUUCCGUUUGCAGAGCCACCAGUUGGAAAUCGAAGAUUCAAGAAGCCAGAUCCGAAGACACCACUAACCACGCCCCUAAAUGCUUUUAACCAUAACAAGGCGUGUUUUCAAGUUACUCCUUUAAAGCAUGGUAAUGCACCGACAGAUGAGGAUUGUUUGUAUUUGAAUAUCUACGCCCCUGAAACAUUGCACAACGAAAAGCUUGCAGUGAUGAUAUGGAUAUAUGGGGGAGCUUUUAUGCAUGGGUUUUCCGACAUGUAUGUUGCUGACUUUUUGGCUAUUUACGGCAAUGUCAUUGUAGUCACUUUCAACUAUAGGAUGUCCGUUUGGGGAUUUUUAUCGACCGGUGACGAAAAUGCGCCGGGAAAUUAUGGUCUCUGGGAUCAACAUUUGGCGAUUAAAUGGAUACAUGACAAUAUAGCUAAGUUUGGUGGUGAUACAAACCGAGUUACAGUGUUUGGAGAGUCGGCUGGUUCGGCUAGUGUGAUAUUUCAAAGUCUUUACCCAGGUAACAAAGCACUGUUCCAACGUGCCAUAGCCCAAAGUGGAAGUAUCGGCGCUUUUUGGAGCGUCAAUGAAAAUACAACUCAAUUGGCUAGACACCUGGGUACACUAGCUGACUGCGAAACAGUAGAUAACAAAUCGCUGAUUGAUUGUUUGAGAGAUGUUCCAAAUCACAAACUAGAGGAAUUUGUGUCUGACUUCUCGUAUGGACUUGUCACCUUACCCUCUCCAUUCACACCUGUAAAUGAUGGUCUAUUUAUUAACUACGAUCAAAAACACGCCCUUGAUAUGGAAAAUGGGUUACCUGUUGACGCAAAAGAAAUGUUUUCCUCCGUAGAUUUGAUGACAGGAGUGAAUUCAGGAGAAGGAAGUAUAUUUGUGUUACCCUUUUUCGGAGUCAAGGACCGUGAAAAUUUUCUGCCAAACAGGACAUAUUUCGAAGAGUAUCUAGUCAGCAUAUUUUUCAACGCCGUUUACGGUGGAACUGUACCGCAAUCUGUACGGGCGUCCAUAAUUGCGGAAUACACAAACUGGAAAGAUCCGGAUAAUAAGUACAACGUAAGGGAUGAGUUUCUGUCCCUUUGGGGAGAUAGCGUAUUUGGUGAAGGACUUUACCGGACGCUGAAUAAACACGAAGCAUUAGCGUCGAACCAGAAAAAAACAUAUAUGUAUUUCUUUGACGAAGAACCAGAUUAUAGGAGUGGGUACGUUCCAAUGACUUGGUUUAAGAAACUAGGUCACGCGGAGGAUAUACCGUUCUUGUUUGGAUUUCUCAGUUCAAACUUAGCCAAUGAAUAUUUUAAAGUAACUCCCUCGGAAUGGGAAGAGAAGUUGUCUCGAGAUAUAAUUCGGCUGUGGUCAAACUUUGCUAAAACUGGAAACCCUAAUUCACCUUCUGAGACAGGAAUUAACUGGAUACCGUAUACAAAGACGAAUAAGACUUAUCUACAAAUUACACGUAACAUGACGUCAGAAAACGUCAAACGAUAAUGGAAUCAACGAAGAAUGACGUUUUGGAUGUCUCUUGUACCGGAAUUGAUGGAAAGGCGUUGUCUUGCAUCCAUUGCUAGUUCUUGGCAUACGCUGCCUUGUUUUGUUAUUUUAUACACUUUUUUCUUCUCUUUUUCACUCCACGUGAUCAGUAAAUUACUUUACUGGUAAACAAAA